GGCUUCUUGCACUCUGAAAGCCCCCUACCGCUACCGCUACUACUAGUAACUCGGAGUAGAGUAUUUUCUUUUUUUCCUGGAUUCCACAGCUUUGGGAAACAUGGCAGAAUGCUGCACGCCUCGUCCGGUUGUAGUGGGAAGCCUGACCGCACUGCCUGCAGCAAUGGAUAACAUGUCGGAAAAGAAGUCGCGCGUUUCUAAGAUACUCGCCAGAUCCAGUAGUCAGUUGAGUUUGGCAGGAAAGCAAGCGAAGAGAGCGUCCAGAGUGUUUGAUGCGGGCAGCGAGCAGCUGCCACCGUCAGAGUUCGAUUUUGAAGCUGUUGGCCCGCGUUUAGACGAUGCAGGUGAAUGCCCAGUGCACAAUGUCAGAAUCUUUUUCACGGAUGAAACAUAUCGAACAGUGCGUUUCACGGAGGACUGGCUGUGUGGACAUAUCCUCAACCAUCUCUGGCGCAAACUGGACAAACUGCCUGGAGACCGGCAAGACUAUGUGCUCUAUGUCAUGUACAAUAGGGAAGGUGCACGGUUUAUCAGCGACACUGAAUCAUCAGCAGCAUUGCUGGGCAAUUACAUUGAACAUGUGGCUAAAGUCUAUAUUCGCAACAGGAAAGACACUGUUCAGCCGAAACGACACUCAACAGAGAACAAAGGAGUGAAGCAAAUGUCAGUAACGAGCUCGAUCCGCGCAAAGAAGGUUGCACCAAAUCCAUUCGCAGCCGCCAUGGGUGGCCAUACACUACCUGACAUGCAAGAAGCAGCACCUCGCACAAACAAGGUUGCUGCCAGUUUCAGUCAAGCUUGGGAACGGGGCACAGAACUGGAGAAAGAGCAGAAGGAAGCACGGAGAAUGCCAUCACACGCACUCGGUGUGAUUGAUGAGAGUCGAUGUCACAGUGCCAGUAGCAUCGAGAGCAGAAGCCGCCUUGGCAGUACCAACGGGAGCCGAGGCUGCCGCAGCGGCAGUACUAACAGCAGUAGCAGCAUUGGCCGCAGCCGUGAUCCGCAGUCGCAGGCAGAAGACAUCACACCGUACUCUCAAAGACAGUCUUUCCCGCGGCAACGCAAUGAACAGUCCCCUGCGCUUCUGCGGACACCGCACGGUCCAGAACAUUCAUACAUUGAACCACUGGUGGAAAGAGAAUCAGCAGCAACCAUGCCUGCUCAGGGAUUUUGUCCACGACCACUGAAGAGCCAAUGUGCUGCUGCUAGUGACAGAUCCAGUGCUGCUACAAUGGACAGUGGCAUCAGCUUGACAGACCAGUACCGCGGUUCAAUGUGCUCUGCCGCUUCAUCACAGUACCGCGGUUCAAUGAGCUCUGGCACUUUAUCACUGCGCUCCACCACUCCCUCGCCAAACAGCAGCCUAGGCAGCAGCAGCGGCAGCUUUGUGAGGUCUUCCCUGAACGGCAGCACCACUUUCAAAGAUUCAAUCUCCAGCAUAUCCAGUAAUGACUCAAGCAGUCGCCCGCCACUCAGGGAUGCUUGGGCGAAUCCGCUUGCACAGGUGGAUGGCACCAAGCACACAAUGGACAACAGUGCCGAAGUUGACAGUAUCAGAAGCAGAGCGGGUCCACAGCCACCCAAACCGCCACCAUUGCCACCAUUUAUGCUCAAGUCAGUACGUGAUAGUGGAAAACACCUGUUGCCCAGUCAACAUAGAGAACAGGAGGAACAGCAGCAGCAGCAGCAGCAGCAGCAGUACAAACAAGCGGCAGGUGGUAUUGAAUAUCGUCCACCACUGACACCAUCACCGUUGCCUCCAACACCCAACACACUGACACUGAAUUUAGCUGAAUGCAGUAUCAAUGGUACGCUGGAGAUGCUGACAAUGAGCCCUGGGCGGUCAGCUUCACUGACCACGCCAUCACCACCACCUGCACCUUAUUCACUAAGCCUGGCCAAUGUGAUGGUACCGGCUAACAUUGCUGAAGCACCUGAAGACGACCUAUCUCACCUACCGCCUCCACCGGACUUUCUUAUGCAGUAGCUGCUACAAUAGUACAAUGUGUACUUCAAAAGUACACACUAUGACAACCAGCUGUGUGUUACCUGUAUGAAUGUUUGCGAUUUAUCUCGUAAGGGGUACCAAGUAGCAAACUUCCAAUUUCGCAAGCCUCAACUGAUUCUUUCUAGUACCAGGUAUGCUGCGCUGUGCAGAACUUUAAUCACAACAAUAAUACACCGACGCAAACUAGUAUCAAUUCUAAAAUGUAAGCAUCUCUUGUCACAGACAUUACACGGUUUGCGGUAUCUACAUGCAUGCUCACUCUGCAUGUAAGCUUAUCUCCGGUAUAUUCCAGGCCCAUGCAGUGAUGGUGCAUACAUACUGUGAGACCACAUCCCCCC